AUGGCGACCAGCCCGCUGCCCGGCCCCACCGAUAUCUUGCUGCCGUCGCCGACCAGCGCCUACCCGCCGGACCCCAUGAACCAGCCGAGGGCCGGCCACGCCGCCAUGAAGCCCAACCAGGUGGGGCAGGUGAUCCUCUACGGCAUCCCCAUCGUCUCCCUGGUCAUCGACGGGCAGGAGCGGCUGUGCCUGGCGCAGAUCUCCAACACCCUCCUCAAAAACUUCAGCUACAACGAGAUCCACAACCGGCGGGUGGCCCUGGGCAUCACCUGCGUGCAGUGCACGCCGGUGCAGCUGGAGAUCCUGCGGCGGGCCGGGGCCAUGCCCAUCUCCUCCCGCCGCUGCGGCAUGAUCACCAAGAGGGAGGCGGAGCGGCUCUGCAAGUCCUUCUUGGGGGAGAACCGGCCCCCCAAAUUGCCGGAUAACUUCGCCUUCGACGUAUCCCACGAGUGCGCCUGGGGAUGCCGCGGGAGCUUCAUCCCGGCCCGCUACAACAGCUCCCGGGCCAAGUGCAUCAAGUGCAGCUACUGCAGCAUGUACUUCUCGCCCAACAAGUUCAUCUUCCACUCCCACCGCACCCCGGACUCCAAGUACACCCAGCCCGACGCCGCCAACUUCAACUCCUGGCGCCGCCACCUGAAGCUGACCGACAAGAGCCCCCAGGAUGAGCUGGUCUUCGCCUGGGAGGAUGUCAAGGCCAUGUUCAACGGCGGCAGCCGCAAGCGCGCCCUGCCGCCCGCCCCGCCAGCCCCCGCCGCCGCCGCCCCCGCCGCCUGCCAUCCGCUGGGCUCGGUGAAGGCGGCGGCGGUGGUGGGCGGCGGACUGCUGAGCCCCCAUCUCCUGGCCGCCCCGCCCGACCUGCACCAGAAGCGGCCGCGCUUCGAGGAGGACGAGGAGCUGCAGGAGGCGGUGGCGGCGGCGCACGGCGGCAAAAGCCCGCGGAGCUACCCCGUCAUCCCGGUGCCCAGCAAGGGCUCCUUCGGCGGCAUGCUCCAGAAGUUCCCUGGCUGCGGCGGGCUCUUCCCGCACCCCUACGGCUUCCCCGCCGCCGCCUUCGGGCUCUGCCACAAGAAGGAGGAGGGCGGCGGCGGCGACGCCCUCGCCGGGGCGGCCGCGCACAAGGCCGGCGGGGCGGCGGCGGCGGGCGGCGGGCUCUCGGGGCUCUUCUGGCCGGGCAGGAAGGACGCCGCCUUCUACCCGCCCUUCUGCAUGUUUUGGCCGCCGCGCACCCCGGGCGGGCUGCCGGUACCCACCUACCUGCAGCCGCCUCCGCAGCCCCCCGGCGCCCUGGGAUGCUCGCUGGGGGGGGACGGGGCGGGCCUGCUGCGCCAGGCUUUCCUGGACCUGUCGGAGCCCGGCGGCGAGGCGGGCGCCGAGCCCGCCUCGCCCGCCGCUUCCGACGGGGGCAGCGGCGGCGGGGGCGGGCGGGUCCCCCCGCACCACCCGCACCUGCUGGAGGCGGCGGGCGGGCGCAAGGCGGGCGGAGGGUACCACCACUCCAGCGCCUUCCGCCCGGUGGGCGGCAAGGAGGACUCGGAGAGCCUGGCCAAGCUGCACGGCGGCGGCGGCGGCCCCCCGCGCUCCGCCUCGCCGCUGCAGCUGCUGCUGCCGCCGCCGCCACCGCCGGCCCCCGAAGAUGCGGGGUGCGAGAGGCACCCGCAUCCUCCGCACGCUGCGCACCGCCUCCUCUCCCCCGGAGGCACUAGCUGCAGCUUCGCCAGCGAAGAGAGCAGCGAGGAGGAGGAGGACGAGGAGGAGGAAGACGAGCCCGAGGUGGACGUCGAGGGGCACAAGCCCCCCGAGGAGGAGGAAGAGGAAGAGGAGGAGGAGGGCGAGGAAGAGCCCCGCGGCGGAGACCCCUUGGCGGCCGGCGGCCGCUUUCCACCCGCCCGGGGGCUGCCGGAGAAGGGCGGCCGGGAGCGCCCUGCCGCCGGCCCCUUCCCCCGUCCGCCCGUCGAGGAGAAGCCGGGGGAUGGUCAAGCCCCACCGCAGCCGCCUGCCGGGGCUCCGCGGGCGGGCAGCGGCGGCAGCAGCCCAGCACAUCACCCGACACCGGAGGAGCAGCCCCUCUACAAGGAUAAUCAGAAGAGCAAGGAGGGUAAUCAGGUCAUCUUGCCUACGAAGGAGGACGCCUUCUCAGAUAAGAACAAGGAGCAUAAUUUUUUCAUCACAGAUUCAGAGCCUUCAGGAGGAGACUUCUGGAGAGAUAUAGCAGGAGAACACACACAAGAAACCAAUUCACCUCAUUCUCUGAAGAAGGAUGUGGAAAAUAUGGGGAAAGAGGAACUCCAGAAGGUUCUGUUUGAGCAGAUCGACCUACGGAGGAGGCUGGAACAGGAAUUCCAGGUGUUGAAAGGAAACGCGUCUUUCCCAGUCUUCAAUAAUUUUCAAGAUCAGAUGAAGCGGGAACUGGCGUACAGAGAAGAAAUGGUGCAGCAGCUACAAAUCAUUCCCUAUGCAGCAAGCUUGAUCAGGAAAGAAAAGCUCGGUGCACACCUCAGCAAAAGCUAA